GGCCUGGAUCCGGAUUUUUGCACCAGCGCAGGGCUCUACCAGUGAUCUAGGGCGCUGCUGUGGAUACCCAUAAAAUGUGGAAUGUGGAUCCAAAUGUCUGUAUCCGCUCAGGGCUCCAAUGAUCCGUCUCUAUUUCGAGCCAGUCCAGCGUCCCUCUGAACAAUCUCCUGGCCUCCAAAACCUGUUUUUCUUCCAGCCUGCGAGUGUGUGUGGAGGUGGGGAUCUUUCCGGGUUUGUUUUCCAUCCAGCAUAUUUCAGUGUUUGUCCUUUUUCCCCCUAGGGAAGAGAGCCUGUCAGCUGGCCCCAGAGCCAACCAAUGGAGUUGGAUUACGUAAGGUCAUAACGUGUCUGUCCAAGUUCCCGGGAAAUACAAGCGUCCAGGAAAAGUUCAACCAUUGUCCCCGUGUGUGUGGAAGGAGACAGACGCAUUUAGCAGCUGCUACUCAGACCAAUGUGGGGACUGAAGACACUGAUCUUUCUUGAGUCCCUCUGGCUGACUGCAGGGUGCGGACAGGUGGCAGGGCCUGGAGCCUGUCGCAUCUAUAACCUGUCUGUGCCUGAAGGCUCCUCUGGGCAUGUUGAAAUUAACAUACCUAAGAAUAUAUCUACCUUGUAUAAGAUGCAAACCAACAUUGUGGCUGCUGCCUCUGACUCUGCUUGUCACCCCAUCUUGGUGUUAACUGAUAAAGGAAAGCGGAACUACUACAACAGCACGUACCGGGGACGGAUCUCUCUAUCAGACCGACUCCUCUUUACUGUGACGAAUGCAAGUGAAUGGAUGACAGGAGAAUACCAAGUCACUGGUGACCUUCAUGGAACCUGCAUGGCUCGUAUCAAUCUGACGGUGCCUGGUCCUAUCUCAUUCCCACCACCUCUAUCGGAGACUCCCACUGCCAGAGAGGGGGCUGCCAGCCCAACUGGAGAGGGAAGUAGCCGAGGGAUGCUUUCCAACGUCUCUCUCGAGGGGGAGCCAAGAGGCAGCUAUGGCGUGUGGAUAUCGUUGGGGUUCAUCGCUGCUUUGUUUACUGCUGCUGCACUUUAUGUCUGCUGGAGACAUGGGCAAGAAGGAUCAGAAACCCAUCGUGGUUGUGAAGAGGAAGGGAUCUCAGACUCGACAGACACCUGUUUGCAUGCUGGCCCAUGUCUCACAUCUGCACGAGGCUGGAACCCAAGAUGGAGAGGCUGGUGAGGAGAUCCCACUGAACGAAGAUGUGGUACAGCCCUGGGAACUGAGCUGGCUGCCCCAACACAGCCAAGAGGCAGCACUUUAAUAGCGUUGAAUGGCCGAGGUGCAGGCACCUCGUGUGUGUGUAUGUGUGAUCGAUCACUAUGGGGCCCUGACUGGAGGCUCCCUCGUAAUAUUAAUAAUCAUAAGAAAGGCUACGAAUCUGUGAUGGAGUUCAGACACUGAUUCUUUUUUUAAAAAAAUGAGCCUUCCAUGGCUUCUUGAAAAUGCCAGUAAUUCAACCCCAGGCAGCAGGGUUUGGGCAUCAGUGAUUUAUUAUUUCCUGUGUCCUGUCACAGGAGUUUUCAUAAAAAUACCUGUGCCAAAAUCGUAGCCUUGAUCAUAAGUAAAUGUGAUUGUUUGUUUUUUUUAAUGUUUUUACUAUUGUAUUUAUCUCUGUGCCCAGAUUUCUAUUUAGACUAUAAGCUAUAAAGCAGAGGGAGUGUCUCAUUUAUCUUUGCACAGGGGGGCACUGAUCUCUGCUGAAGGCUUGAUGCGACUGUAAUACACACAAUAAUAAAAUCA